GACACGAAACAAAAGUCGUAUCUUAAGUAUACUAAUUUUCAUCCGAAUUCAGAUGCGCUCCCAGGGAAGUGCUCAUCUUUCGCAAUGCUUCCAGCGUUCGCAUGCACUGAAGUUUGCGCAUCUUUUAAAAUUAUAUCAAGAUAUUUCUUCUGUUUUCGUGCAGUUUUGCUUGAGAGGGCAAUGACAUUCUGGUUCUUCUUUUCCUAAGGCAUUGUUAGCGCAUGCGCUUUCGAUAGUGCAUGAAUGGAACGUGACUUGUAAACUAAUUAGCAUAUUACAUACGACAAUGACAGACCGAUAGCAGAGAUUCGGUGUUAAAAAUCCAAGCACAAAUUGCACCGCAAAGAUUCUCUACUGGAGCAUAAGUACACUGAAUCUAGAGCCUUCUAAGACUUUUUCUGCUCCGUCUUAUAUUAGGACGAUUUGGAGCAAGGAGAGUGCAUAUCUUCUUGGCGUAGCAGCUCGACAUCUUGCUCUCCGAUAGAUGAUGUUACUCUUCUUAAAUUCCAGAAUCUAUUACAGUCAUAAUCGACUGUUUGCCCUUGUGAUACCGAUUAUUCUAUCUGCUGUUUUGAAUACAGUAACAGGUUUAGCUCCAUCAACCAAACCUGCAAGACAGAAAACCUGCCAUGAGCUCAUAAACAGCACAUCUGAAGACCUUUAUUCUCCAGACUUCCCCAAUGCCUCACCACUUAGUAGAACAUGCUCUUGGCAAAUCAGUGCCCCUAAUGGAAAGCAUGUUGCCAUCCAGUCAAUGGAGAUAAAUGUGGGCGGCGUUGAGUGGGAGUGUACCCAGGGCUAUCUGGAGAUUUGGGAUGGAUGUGGGGCUGAUCGCUUUCUUGUAGAAAAGAUUUGUUCCACACGUUUCCAGAGUGAGCAGAGAUACUUGUGGGUUUCAACUGGUUCCUGUGUUAUUAUCAAGUUCAACUCUGCUGGUGGAAGCAAGAAUAAGUUUUUUCUGAGGACAACACAUACCUCAAAGUCUUGUAAUAAGGUAUUAAAAGACCAAAAUUCAGGAAAAUUGACCACCGUAGAGGCCCUCCCUGCUGAGCAACCAGAAUGUAUCUGGAUCAUUGCAGUGCCUCGAAAUAGAAUAGAGCUAAAAUUUGUGGAAGAGUUCAAAAUACGUGGAAAUGGUGCUGACUGUAAAGAUGACUCACUUCGCAUCCAGGAUGGAAGAUUCAGCUCAUCACAGCUUUUAGGCAUUUUCUGUGGUCACACGCGACCAUACCCAGUGUUUUCCACGGAACCUUACAUCAGAGUCACACUUCAAAGUACAGAAAGCAGGAUUGUCUCAGGAAAUCACUUCAGUGCAAAGUAUGCCAUGAUUGACAAGAGGCCGUCUAUACUAGGAAAUUACUGUAAUUCAGACAUGAUAAUGACUACACCUCAUGGAGCAUUUGUUAGUCCUGGUUACCCAGACCAGUACCCCCACCUUAUAAGAUGUGUCUGGAAAAUCCAUGUGAGCUCUGGAUUCAAGAUAUCAUUUCGUUUCCGCGACUUCGAUAUCCAGGGUGAUUCAAUGGAAUGCCAAGACUAUGUAGAGAUAUUUGAUGGCUUAGCGAGCUGGGCUCCCAUCAAGGGGAGGUACUGCGGAAAAGACAUCCCUCCCGUGCUUCGAUCUGUCAGUAACAAGCUGAGAGUAGUGUUCACAUCUGAUAAGGACUAUGCAGGAAGGGGAUUUGAGGCUAUUUAUUCAGAGUUCGACCCCAAAUCAGCAGAUGAAGAAGACAACAGUCGAAGUCAGUUUACGGGAAUCAUGAUCGGGACUACAUGCGGGAUCAUUUUUAUUGUGCUGAGUGUCCUUGCCGUGUUUCACGCACGCAAGAUACGCAUGCGCAGAGAACAAAGCCGUCGCUGUGACGCCGCCAGCACGCUCUCGUUCGACGUGCACCAGGCGAACGCUCCUCCUUCCUACGACAUUGUAAUGGCAUCUCCCGACCUAUUCCCGGCCGCGCCCAAGAGCAGUGAGACCAUGAACACCGACAGAACCUAUGCGGACACGCCACAUCUUCACCGUGAGGUGUGCCGGUUGCUUGGGGACCCAGACUCGGAUGAAGAGGAACCGCCCCCCGCCUACCACGGGCUCUUCCCUGAAGAGGAGGGGUUUGUUUACUCAUUCGGGACCAACUCUAACCAGACUGUGGGUUAUCAUAGGGGCCGAAGAACAUCACAGCCCGAUCAGGCGGAGGGUGUGGUGAAUACAGAAGAAGGCGAGGACCCUGAUUCCAUGCAGGCUCGAAUAUGGCAGCGUCGUGAACUUGAACGAAUUCGGAACUGUCUGACUGGGCGCAACGAGCACCACAUACAGGAACCGCCCAAGCCAAACUCCAGACCUACACUCGAGCGGCAGGACACUUGUAGCAGCUUCGUGACCGAUGUUUAGUAGUUUUAGACUGUGUGACGGAAUUUCACAGACUGCUGACGGAUGUCUAGUGGUGGGGAUACCGCGGGAUGGAUGUCUUGUUGUGCGGGCAUCACGCGACGAAUGCCCAGUAGUUCGGAUAUCGCGUGACGGAUGUUUAGUGGUAUGGAUACCGCGUGAAGGAUAUCCACGACUGCGUGACGGACGUCUAGUGGUUCGGACAUCACGUGGCGGAUGUCCAGUUGUGCGGAUAUCGCGUGACGGAUGUUUAGUGGUAUGGAUACCGCGUGAAGGAUAUCCACGACUGCGUGACGGACGUCUAGUUGUUCGGACAUCACGUGGCGGAUGUCCAGUUGUGCGGAUAUCGCGUGACGGAUGUUAGGUGGAAUGGAUACCGUGUUUCCGAUGUC